AGCAGCAGCACCAGGAGGAGGAACUUUGCAGGCAGGAACCUAAUGGCUGCGAAGGGGGAAAUCUAAGAGCAAAGUCUUUUCCCAGCCUGCCCGGGGAGAAGGCUGGCCAGCGAGCCCAGGGGGAAGCCCGGCCACCAUGAGAGCAGGGGCUGGGCGCUGAUGCCUGCGUCCCUGGCCCCGGCGGGAGGAUUACGAGUGUCUCCCUCCCCUGGGGCACCGCCAGCCGCGCGCGUGUGACGAGCAGCCCGGAGAAGCGGCGGCCGCAGCAGCAGUAGCGGAGAACUCCCCCCAGCAGGGCGCUGAACUUCCCUCGACCCGGGACUCUCCGGCCAGCUGAGCGCACCCUUGGCGUCUUGUAUUCCCCUAGAAACGAUCUGAUUUGGGGGAGCGGGGCUGGGGGGCCAAGGCAGCGAGCGCCUCUCCGCGUUUCCGAAAGAAACUAUUUCUGGCCAAGAUCAUGGCGGUGAAAGGGGCUGCCGCGAACACGGGGAUCUUGUUAGUAACAGCCAACGUGGGAUCCUUGUUCGAUGAUCCAGAAAAUUUGCAGAAGAAUUGGCUUCGGGAAUUUUAUCAGGUUGUGCAUACACACAAGCCACAGUUCAUGGCACUACACUGUCAAGAGUUUGGUGGGAAAAACUACGAAGCAUCCAUGUCUCAUGUGGACAAGUUUGUUAAAGAAUUGCUAUCAAGUGAUGCAAUGAAAGAAUACAACAGAGCCCGGGUUUAUCUGGAUGAAAACUACAAAUCACAGGAACAUUUCACGGCACUGGGAAGCUUUUACUUUCUCCAUGAAUCCUUGAAAAACAUUUUCCAAUUUGACUUUAAAGCUAAGAAGUACAAAAAAGUGACGGGAAAAGAAAUCUACUCCGAUACUUUAGAAAGUACACCUAUGCUGGAAAAAGAAAAGUUUCCACAGGAUUAUUUCCCUGAGUGUAAAUGGUCCAGGAAAGGCUUCAUACGAACAAGGUGGUGUAUUGCUGAUUGUGCCUUUGACUUGGUAAACAUUCAUCUUUUCCAUGAUGCUUCCAAUUUAGUUGCUUGGGAAACAAGCCCAUCGGUUUACUCAGGAAUAAGGCAUAAGGCCCUUGGUUAUGUACUUGACAGAAUUAUAGAUCAGCGGUUUGAAAGAGUUUCAUAUUUUGUCUUUGGAGAUUUCAACUUUCGACUGGAUGCAAAGUCAGUGGUAGAGACCCUUUGUGCGAAGGCUACAAUGCAGACUGUCCGGGCCGCUGAUACUAACGAAGUAGUCAAACUAAUAUUUCGUGAAUCUGAUAAUGACCGAAAGGUUAUGUUACAGCUAGAAAAGAAGCUCUUUGACUAUUUUAAUCAAGAUGUUUUUAGAGAUAAUAAUGGCACUGCGCUCUUGGAAUUUGACAAAGAGCUGUCAGUCUUUAAAGACAAAUUAUAUGAACUGGACAUUUCAUUUCCUCCCAGCUAUCCAUAUAGUGAAGAUUGUAGCCAGGGAAUGCAGUACAUGAACACUAGAUGUCCAGCUUGGUGUGACAGGAUCUUGAUGUCACAUUCUGCCAAAGAGUUGAUUCUAAAGUCAGAAAACGACGAGAAGCAAGUGGUGUAUGACCAUAUUGGACCAAACGUCUGCAUGGGGGACCACAAGCCCGUGUUCCUGUCCUUUCGAAUAGCCACUGGGGCAGGUAAACCUAUUGCCAAUGUGCACAAGUGUUGUGUCGUGCAGUGAUGUGGUGGGAAAAGAUGCCUCCGAAACGAGAAGAUCUUUCGGGAAAGUUCCUUGUAGCAAAGAGGAGGAGGAAGAGGAGAGGAGGAGGAAGGCCUCGGAGGUCCACCCCAUCGCCUAAAUGGAGACAUUGCUCCUACCAGUCCUGCGUGCCACCUUCGUAGCAUUUCGAUUAGAAUUGUCAUUCCUGUUUCAUGAUGUUGACCAUACACUAUCUUCUGGCAUCUGGACUUUAGCCCCGGGAAAGGAAAAAGGAAAAAAAAGGAAAAACCCGGAACUGUCAUACCUCACCGUCUUGUAUAUUCCUGUGACAUCCACUGUGGGAUUUUAUUUUUAUAUGGAGAUGCAUAUUCUGUGCCCCAAAUCCAGUUGCCAAAAGCGAAAAAAUAUCCUCUCCUAGGCGAGACCUUCUGUGUUUUAGACUUCACUGUGCUGUUGUUGUUUUUAAGUUUGUCAAUGUGAAAUUAUAUAUAAUAUUCAACAUUAGGACAGUUUCCAUUGCCCUUCCCUAGCUUAAAUGCCAGGUUGGGAAUUUUGUACAUUACCUUGUAUAGAAAGUCCUGGUGUAUUGUUACUCCUUAACCAAGAUUUAUUGUUCCUGUGAUUUGAGGGGGGGAAGGGGGGGAGAUUAGGUUUAGAGGGUUGAAGAAUUUUAUUUUUUGUCAUUUUUAUAGACUUCUUCGUUUUCUCAUGUUAUUUACUAUACUGCCAUGUCCCAUGGUUUUUGAAUCACACACAGCAGCAGCUGCUUUCUAUACAUACCUGUAUAUAUUUAUAUAUUUCUAUGUGAGUGUGUAUAGACGAUAUAUAUAUACACAGAUAUAGAUAUAAUUUAUAAUUAUAAAGGUUUGUCCCUUCCUGCUUAUACAAAAAUUAGCCCUUUCCAGAAUAGCCAGGAUGUAUGUACACUUUGAGUGGCAGGAAAUUCCGUUGGCUUCAAUGGGGUUACAUUUCCAAACCAAUCGGGUUAGGAUCUACCUGUAGAAACACUGUGGUUUAUUUCCCCUCCUCUCCCCCUCCUGAAACGCGUCUACUCCGAAUGAAAAGCCAUCGCAGCCGGAUUUUAACCACGUUGAGCCGGAAAGAACUCCCAGUGAAAUCUAGUCCGACCCAACAGUCUGAUGCUUAAUGCAUGUUUACUCGAAAGUAAGUGGGCCAAGGCUGGUUAGGACUGUUUUCGAAGGCCGUGCGCCGUCAUUGGCGUCAGUGGCCUUUACCACCGAGUCACCCUGCGAAGGGUCAGGCGCGUGUUUCAGAUCGUGGUCUUUUCAGGGUACCGUGUGGAGAGGUGCUAGUGGACUCUGAUGGGCUGUCGAGGAUCCUGGUCUCCCGAGUGCCAGAUCCGCUAAACGGUCUCCCCCCCCCCCCGUGUAUAUAUCGAUUCAGGCCCCUUCUCCGUCUGCCUACUGUAGUCACGUAUUGAAGCAUAAAAGUCUGGUGCCAAGUAUUCGCUAAACCCAGUAAGCGGACGCAACUUUCGACUGGGUCGUUCACCAGCUUUUGAGAGGCAGGAAGGGACUGGUUGGGAGCUCUCCCUCCCUCCCUCUAAAAGGGAAAAAAAUACCCCUCUGGUGGGUUGGCUGGCCUGUUUGUCUCCCCCCCCCCCUUCCCCUCAGUGCAGCAUACUAGGUGAUUAGCAGGUCUGCAAAUGAAACACAAACGGAAGGAGGGCGGGCGGGUGGCUUGCAAGUAGAACACUACCGAGUUCAGGGACUGGGCGAGGGGGAGGCAGCCCUCGGAUAUCAGUCACUCCCAGGCGUGGGGGACGGGGGGGGGAAGGGUGAAUGGUGAUUCCCCAACAAAAAAAGAAGCUGGGUUUACCCCAGGCUGGAGUCAAAGACACGCGUUUGGGAGAGACAGUUGGCGUUUUCAUGUGUUCCAUGUGGGAAAGGAGCGCUCUGGUUC